GGUUGUGCGUGCCUGUGCGCGCGGGUUUGUGUGCGUGCGUGUGUGUUUGUAGCGGCGGUGGUGGGAACGGCAGCCAAGAUGGCGGCGCUGAAAGAGGAGCGGAGCUACGGGCUGUCCUGUGGAAGAGUGAGCAACGGCAGUAAUGUCUCCGUCUUCCACGUCAAACUCACUGACAGCGCGCUGAGGGCCUUCGAGGGUUACCGGGGCGGCAAGGUCCUGUCAUCACAACCAUUGAUUACAUUUAAUGGAAACCAAGGGAAAAUUUCAAUACCACGGUCAGAAAAUUCCAAUGAACUACACACUUUUACUUUCUACCUGUCCAACGUGGGCAGAGACAACCCUCAGGGCAGCUUCGACUGCAUCCAGCAGUACAUCACCAGCGAGGGUAGCAUUCAGCUGGAUUGUUUGGGUGCCAUCCAAGACAAGAUUACUGUAUGUGCCACGGACGAGUCUUACCAGAAGGCCAGAGAAAGCAUGGCCCAGGUCGAGGAGGAGACGCGCAGCAGGGGCGCCAUUGUCAUCAAGCCCGGCGGCAGAUUCGUUGGGAAAAGGGUUCAGAUCCGGAAACCGGUAUCGGCCUUGUCCGACGUGGCCCCCUCGCGCAGGUCCUCUCGGCCAGUCAUCAUUUCCAGCAGCGCGGUCAAGAAAGCAAGCACUCAGCACAGGCCGCUCAGAGAACGCCUGGUCCACCUGCUGGCCCUCAAGCCUUACAAGAAGCCCGAGCUGCUCCUGAGGUUGCAGAAAGACGGCCUCUUGCAGUCAGACAAAGACUCCCUGGACAGCCACUUGCAACAGGUGGCAAACCUGAACGGGAAAGAUAAUACCCUCACAUUAAAAGACUUUUUGUACAAGGAAGUUCAUAAAGACUGGCCUGGAUACACGGAAGGAGACCAGCAGCUUCUUAAGAGAAUCUUAUUCAGGAAGCAGUGCCAGCCUCAGAACAAUGCUACUGCUGCUCCACAAGAGAGCCCGCCCAAGGAGUUAGCCAGCAGCUCAACGUCUCCGAAACGUCCAGCGGCAGACUUCAUUGACCCCCUCACCAAUAAGAAGCCGAGGAUAUCGCACCUUGCCAGCAAAACUGCACCAAGCCCGAUCAACGGCAAGCUCAGCUCUUCCAACGUCAAAGGGGAGGCAGGCGGAGCGCAGCCAGUACUCGGCGCUCCCCUGUCAGAUGGCGCCCUGACAUCCAGUUCCCAGCCGCUCCCCUUGCUGGACAUCCCCCGACCGUUCGAGGCGCUGUCGGACGUCAGCAACGACUCGAGCCACAAUGGCCGAGACUGCGACGCCCAUGAAAUGGUGGCGGAGAGGCUCGGCCAUGUGCCUUCGUUUCCUUUGGUGACGACCGCGCCCGUCGUCGGCGCAUCCCCCACGCCUCUUUUGCGCGGCGAGAGUCCGUCAGCCACUACUGGUAGCAAAAAGCCCAAGAAAAAGUCCAAAAAGCAUAAAGACAAGGACAAGAAAGAUAAGGGGAGAGCCAAAGGCCAAGAGGAAAAGGAGAGGAAGAGUCCACACACAGUGCCUGAGCCUGACAGAAACUGUGGGAUGAGCCCAGAAAACCUCAAAAGCAACAGUAUUCCACUCAAAAGCACAACUCUGAAUGGAAUGUGCAAAAGUACCGGUAUUUCAUCAUCACCAGAGGUGGCGGACUACUUAUUGAAGUACACAGUGAUCACGUCUCCAGAGCAGCGUCAGAGGUAUAAAAACGACUUCAACUCGGAGUACAGCGAGUACCGCGGUCUGCAUGCUCGUAUCGAGAGCAUCACCAGGCACUUCACUGAGCUGGAUAACGAGCUAAAGAAGCUCCAACAAGGCACAGACAAGUACAAGACAAUCCACAAUCAGAUACUCCAAGAGUAUCAUAACAUUAAAAAGAUUAAUCCCCUCUAUAGCCAAGAGAAAAACCGCUGUGAAUAUCUGCACAACAAACUGGCACAUAUCAAAAGAGUCAUCGGCGAGUACGAUCAACAGCAACUCUGAAAGUAGAAGUACUUAUUUGGACAAGGAAAAAAAAAAAAAAAAAAAACCUGGAAUUAUUUUUUUGUUUUUUUUUUUGCGUUUGGACGAGGAUGCUACUCAUUUAGGCCAAAGGCUCACAUGAGGACUCGAACAAGGACACGGAAUCUUUGUCCUCUAUUUACUUGUCUUUUCGUUGGGGAAGAUGUCACCGCAGGUUCUUGUGAGGCUGUUUUUUUUUUUCUCAGCUUCUUCCAGUGAGAUGUGAAAGAAUCAGGGAAUUAAAAAAAAAAAAAAAAACUACUUCUUUCCAAGGAAAUGUCUGUCCUGCUUUUGAGACUGGGAAGUGCAGGCCAAAUGUUUGUUUUGAGUUAGGAAAAAUAAUGAAAGUCUUCCCCGUCUUAUAUAUAUUGAAAUAUAUUUAUUUUCACGGCCUCUGCGUGAUGGGGAAUAUCAGCGCUUAAUCAAGGCCGUCUCUCCUCAUUUUGAACGUCAGCCAGUAUUCUAUUCAAAAGCUGCCUUUUGCCCUUCAUGCUUCUCUCUUUAAAAGAGAGCACGCACGUCGAUGGAGUCGCACGCCAUGCUUUCCGGAAGUCUUAAGUCUCCCAUCCCUUUAUUCACGAGCGCUUUAAAUCACCAAAGCCUGUUGUCUCACUGCUCAUCAUGCUUGAGAAGAGCUGCUCUUCCGCAGGUGGCCAACAGAGAACGUCGGAUUCAAUUCUAAAAAAAGAUAAAACCUGUGUGCGAAAACACCUUUUAAGCCUUUAACUCAUAAACUCUACUGACAAAAAAGCUAGGGGUGAACCUAAAAUGCAAUAUAAUCUUUACAAGUUAACUUGACCCUCUCUAAACCUUUAAAUGGACCUCACCAACUGUUCAACAUUUGAUCAUUUUUUUUGCACAAGGAGCUGAAAAUUUCACUUCCCAGGACCUCCGCGUUUAUGCUUUUCUCCGACUCUCACCAUCUAUCAUUAUCUCUACUGAAACCUGCCCAUGACACUUUUGAAACUUAAGGCCCAGUGGCCACCUGCAGGUGUUAGAUCCAUGAUUUCCAAGGAUGUACACUUCUUAGCCUUUCUGUCAUUCUUCCAGUCUCUAUUCUGUAUGUCUGUUGCAACGUUUCAGUACGUUUUGCACAACUUGCUGUUCUCUGAUGGAGCUGAACGGCAAUAGGGUUUUCUUCCAUAAAGAUUUCUGAGGAUGUCCGCUUUUAUGCCUUUUUGUGACUAUCCCAACCUUUGAUUGUUCGAUGUCGUCUUGGUCUCAUGAUGAUUCAGCUCCUUGUUCGAGAACAGCAAGUUGUGCAAAAAGUACCAAAACAUUUAUCAGUUGAACGUGCAUUCAAAUGUUUAGACAAAGAUCAAGUUCAUCUGUAAAGGUUAAUGCAUUUUAGGGUCAACCUGAAAUUUCAACUGAAAGCCCAAUUACUUUUUGUGAAUAGCGUAUAUGAUCACAAGCAAACAUUUAGUAUGGCAGAUCUCCACGGCCGAUCACGUUGCGUCCGCAUACCUGUUAACACGAAGCCAUCCUCCACCGCAACAGACGCUCGCCCCGCUAUCGACUUUUGCCUCCCCCCCCCCCCCCCCCCCGCCACACUUGAUGUCAGAUGAGCUUGCAGAAUAGCAAACAGCAUAUGGAGAUCCUUUAUAUCAGGGGUUAGGAAACCUGCGGCCCAUGGGUGAAGUUACAUGCCAAGAAUAAAUUUAAAGAAACUGUGAUGAAAAGCCCACAAAUGCUCAGUUAUUUUGUAAUAAAUUUAGUGUAGCAACCCAAAAUGGCCCCCGAUAGGAAAAAGAACCCCUGCUUUGUGAAGAUGACAAAUCACGUUUUCUCCUUCAGCUUGCUGUGAUCUGUGAGGUUGUUUUUUGGGCCAAGUUACAUUACUAUUAUUUUUAUUUAUUUUUGUUUCUUUGUUCAUGUGACUAUUUUCUUCGUCGGUGUGCAUGCUUUCUGAAUGAACAAUCGUUGCGUCUUCAUUAGGAGCAGAGAAUAAGGUUUGACAAAAAUCCAAGCUCUGUUUCAAUGUGAAGAAUUGGACUCGUGUUAGGAAUUAUUUUUUCUUCUUCCUUAAGUGCUUUCCCAAUGUGAGAAUUUGCAGCACUGUUUCUGUUUGCAUACUGACCUGUCCUGGCCUGUAUGAAAAUCCGUUGUGAGUGACUAUUCAGCCGCGCAGGAGUGAUUGUGCCAAAAGGACCUUGUAGAAUACUUUUUCCUCACCCUCUUUGCUUGUCUUGCUAAUGUACAAGCAAAAAAAAAAAAAAAAAAAAAGGGGGGGGGGCGAUUUGGGGGUGCACACACGGGAGGCAGAAGAGUCUGAAAAUGUCAGCACUUAAAACCCAAAGCAUGCUUUUUGAAAACCAUAAGGGACUGGGACUGAAAUGAAAAUCUUUUGUUUCAAUAAAAAUUAUUUAAAAUCCUGAUUGGUCAAAUUUUUAACCUUAUUAUUGCUGUCUGUCUGAUUGAUUGUGGAAUAUAUUGGGGGCCUGCUUAUGGUUCAAGCACAUAU